UGCAGUUUGCACAAUUCACCGCUAGUCGACUGACGUUUGUCAGUUAUUGCGAAUGUAAUGACAAUGUGGCAGCGACUGUAGUAAACUGCGACACAGUGAAGACCGGUGUAGAGGUUAUAUUUCUCACAUUGUAAUUAAUUAUUCGAGUGUUUCCCAAUUGUGAAAUGAUAAUACUUAAUGUUAAAUCGAGUACGAAGUAUUCCAAGUAAUUCUUAAUUACGGCUAGUACACAAAACGGAGCCAACAUGACAUCGUUUUUAACCGACGUGCUGAUCACAGCAAAUAAAUUCGAAAAGGUUAAUUUAAACGAAAAGAUAGCGGAAAUACAAAAGGAAAUAACAAAGCUAAAGUAUGAUAUCAAAGAUUUUAUGGACGAUAAUUAUGUCGAGUUUGCAUCGAAAUUCACGCGGGAUCAACAUUUAGUAGCAAAAGGAGAAGAAUUACUCGAAGAAAUGAACGUGUUGCAAACGAGAAUAGACGAUGAGAUCAAAGUACAAUUGUCCGGUUCUACGAAAGAAUUGAAGACACUUUCGCAAGGUUUAAAAGAAUCGAACAUGAUGUUGCAGCUCUCCAAUCAGCUGUUAACUUUACACGAAUGCAUGAAGUCUAUAAAAGAUUACCAAGAAAAGAAACGGUACGUGGACGCAGCUAAAGCGUUAGGUAACAUGCAAACGAUAUUGUACAAUCCGCAAAGCGAUCUACGCGAUCUCGACAUUUAUAUGGCAAUCGAGACAGAAUACAUGAAUCUCUUUACAUCGUUUUUAUCGAACGCGUCUCUGCUGUUGCACGAACGAAUCUGUUGGACCGGCGUCGAGGACAAAGACUCGAAGGCCGUUACAUUAAGCGUAAAAAACGAUUUUGACGAUAUGCAAGAUUUAAUUCAAGGGUUACACUACAUUGACAACCUUUCGAAUCAUCUUCACGAAUUUACGAUCACGCUUAUAGAUCACGUGAUCGAUCCGAUCAUUAACGACGACUGUUCCGUGUAUGUAAUCGACGAAAAAAUCUUCACGAUCGAAAUACUGUAUAAAAAAAAACCGCCCAGUUUCAAAAGCGUGUUUUACAAUCUGGAAAUGUUAUUUAAAUUCCUCCAUCAGCACUUCGAUCUGAUAAUACACGAUGACGAAACCUUUCUGAAACAAAUACAACCGCACUUGCUCGAUCGACUGUCGGCGAUGCUGACCGCCGAUUGUAUCUCGCAAAUUAUUCCAACGUCCAGUGCGGAUUUGAAAAACUUUGAACCUAUCGUUAAGACGAUCAACGACUUUCAGUAUUUUUUAGUCGAAAUAGGCUUCAUUACGAACGAACAGCUAUUUCUCUCGGAAUAUACGAAAAAUAUUGACAAAUUGUUCAUCGAUAGGGUUUGUCAAGAUUUAUUGGCAAAAGCUCGAAAUAUUAUGAAAAAAGACUUGCACGAUUGUAUCACGUACGAACCAGAGGAAGCGCCUGAAUGUCCAGAAGAUAAUUGCAUUAGUGAAAUAAAAAUAGACACCAAAUUAAGCGAGAAUUCAUUUCAAUUUCCUAAAUGUCAAAUAAGCAAGAAUGCGAAAGAAACGGUCGAGCUAGCGCGGAGUAUUUUAGACGAGGCAUGCAAUACAGAUUCCUGUGCCAUUCGAUUGUUUUAUACAUGCAGGAAUGUAUUCGAAAUGUAUUCUGGAUUAGUGCCUGAACACCAUCGAAAAUUUUUAGAAACGAUACCGCAACAAGUCGCUGUAUUCCAUAAUAAUUGUAUGUAUCUUGCACACCACCUCCUCACAUUGGGCCACGAGUAUAGGGAUAAGCUGCCGGAAUCUAUACAAAAGUAUAAUUUAACUUUCGCCGAUCAGAUAUUAAUAUUACGAAACGUCGGAUCGACAUAUUUCUUAGAGCACAUGAAAUAUCAGCGAAAUAUUAUUUUUGAUAUUCUCAAAGAGUCCGGUCUAUCCGCAUUGGGUCAAGCUUCCGAGUUACAACCUAGUACCGAGCGUGCACUGAGGCAAUGCAUCAGACAAUUGGAAUUAUUGAAAACAGUUUGGCUAGACGUAUUGCCUGUAAAUGUUUAUUGCAGAGCUGUAGGAUGCAUCAUGAAUUCCAUGGUUGAAGAUUUAAUACUUAGAGUAAUAUCGGUUGAAGACAUUCCUGUCGACGAUGCAACCGAAUUGGUGACGUUAUUUGAUAUGAUUGUUAAACGUGCACCAAUAAUAUUUCCGGAUCCCCGGGAAAUCCAUGAACAUGUACGGAAAUGGGAGAAAUUUUUGGAAUUGAUUAAAGUAUUGGGCGCGUCGCUGAAAGAAAUUGAAAUUAGAUGGGGAGGCGGUAAAGGACCACUCGCGCGCGAAUUUACAGCUUCUCAAGUUAAACAAUUAAUUAGAGCACUGUUUCAAAAUACCGAACGAAGAUCCAAUCUGUUAUCUUCUAUAAAAUAAUACAGCAAGUCCUCGACUUAUGCAGUUAAUUCAUUCUAGAGCUGUUUACGUAAGUCAAAUUAAAAAUACACUGUAUAUUAUAGGGAGGGAAGAAAAAUCGGUCCGGGAUUAAUAAUAAUAUAUUGUAGGUAAGGAACAUGUGGGUGGCGGUCGAGUAAUGUUUGUUUAGUCAUAGUCUUUACAGAGGUUGAUUAAAACGGUUCUUUCUCACUACAAUAGAUUCGGUAUACAAUGUUCGUUAGAAAAGUAAAUUAAAAUUAAAACCCAUACGUGCUCUUUUACGAAAAGAAAACUUUAUUUCAUAUGUGAAUACAUAAACACAUACAAAAUACGCACAAGUACAUAACUGGGGGCACAACCGCGUAUCUACGAACCUGCUUAAUUCGAGGACUCGCUGUAUAAAACGAAACAAAUAUAUAGUAUGGACUGAAUUUUCUGCAUUUAUUAUUAUACUUAUCAUUAACAUUUUAACUGCCGCGUGUGCUUUAUGAUAGGUGUAUGAUUUUCGACCGCCGACAGUUAAAAUAUUAAUAUUAAUGGUAUAAUUGAUAUGAAAAAUAAUAUUAUUAAAUUUUUGUAUAUCGUAUUAAUUACAUAUUACCUAAAUAUAACGUUAAUAUUAGAAUACCCACUACUUACGAUUUUUACCAUUUACCAUUUACUUGUAAACUUAUACUGUAAUACUUACGUUAAAGUUCCAUGUAUUGUUGAAAACAACAUAUUUUCAAAUGAUUAUAUUUUUAAUAGAGCGUAA